AUGGCACAAGGCUCUGGUUCCUACUACGAUGACUACAUGCGUAGCAAUGCCUUGCUCAAGCACUGCAACGAGAAGAACACCAAGAAACUACUAACAGAUCGCAAUGCAUAUAUUUCUUUUCUUGAGGUGCAGCUGGAGCGGGUGUCAGCCGCUUGCUUAUCCACGCAGACCUUUGAGAAACGACUGGUGGAACUCGAGAGUUCCCAGAUGUCCAACGAUCAGAAGCUCGGGUCGCUCUCCAAAGUAUUUCGACUCAACCAGGAAUACGUGGAGCAGACGUCACAGCAGGCACAAAGUGAACUCGCAGGACAUGCAGCUAAAGUGGAGACAUGGAUGGAAAAGUUAUCAGCCGAGUUGGAGCGUCAGCAGCCGCGUAUGGUCACACUGGAAGAACAAUUCCAACAAUGCCAAGAGUAUCUGCCAUUUCUCGCUGAAACCAACGAUGCAGUUCUUGGUGAUGUUAAGCAUCAGUUCCAGCAAGAGAUUGAGGAGCUGAAGGCGCACGUGUUUGCACUUGAGGCUCGAAUUGACGAGGUUCACUCAAGCCAAGCAGCUACAGAGCGGAAGGAGUUGGCACUUGUGCGUUCGUCUGUGUCGGAGAAGAGUUUUCAACUGGAAAGAACGGUGGCUCAGCUGGGCAAAGAAUUGGAGCAGCUAGUGCACCAAAUAGACGCAUCAUGGCGAGCUGAAGCAUCAGAGAAUGCUGGCCGAUACGAAACACAUUGUGGAGAGCUGCAGCAACGACUCAGCCAACUCCAACAGGAACUUGAACACGGACACACAGAAGUCAAGGAUGUGUUGAAGAAGUGCCUUGAUACUCAGCAUCUUCUAAGUGGGACGGUAGUAGCUCUUCAAUUCGAAGUUGACGAGAAGCAGAUCACACUGAAGAAUGCAUUGCAACUAUUGCAAGCUUGUGCACUUGAAGCUCAACAAGCGAGUGAAGAUCGAAGCAGCAAAUUGGCUGACAGAGUGGCCACAGCUGAAGAUUUGAUGGAGACUCGGACAGACGAUCUGGUUUAUUUUAACCAUUUCUAG